AAGUCCAGCCUCAUGUUAGUUAGCUGUGUAGCACUGCCGAGUGAAACUGAGCUCCCGUCUCUCAGAUUCAACCUAGUUUAGUUUCCCUUCACGAUUAUAUUCGAGCAGAAGUGCUGAAAGUUGAAGCGUUGGUGUUGAGAAGUGUCUGAGUCAGCGUGCUAUGCUAUGCUAUGCUGGCUAGCUGUAAUGUUAUGGGACUGACGUGCUAGCUUAGCUUAGCCUAGCCGGGCGGUGGAACUGCAGGCUCUGGUUUUAUACCAGGCUGUACUUUCACAACUUACACCGCUUCGACGGGAUUUACUCUGAGCCCAGUUUGCCUGGGCAUUUCCUCAAGAUGUUCUGCGGGUACCAGGAGCGGGAGGAGUAUGAAGAUGAGCUGUACCGUAUGGAAGAUGAGGAGGGCACCAGCUUGUCCGAGGCUGACAGUGAGCUGGAGUUUCAGCUCUAUUCCCAGCUCCACUACGUUGCUGAGGACCAGGAGAAUCAGGAGAACCGUCAGGACCAUGCAGGCUCUGGCUCCGUACUGCAGACUGGACAGAUUGGGCGUCCUGCUCGCACAGAACCUUCCGAAGUCAUUGUGAUCGACUCCGGCCCGGAUAUCAUCUUGCUUUCAGACACCACAGAGACGGAGGACAGUGUAUGUAACACCAAAGGUCAGAAGUCACGGAGUUGCACCAAGGUGAACAGUAGAAAAGUGCUGCCCCACCCAUCUUCAUGUCCUUCUCAGAGGAAAGCAUUCAAGAACGUGGCCGAGGAAGUGGUGGUCGUGGAGUCGGGAUCAGACGACAGUUCAGAUUCAGACUCGGUUCCUCCUUUUGUGGCAGAUCUGGACUCGGAUUCAGAUUCUGAUUCGGAUGUGCUGGAAAACUGGAUGCUUCUUGGCAGAGGAAAGGAGGAAGGGGACCAGGACAUUCAGCUUAAUCUCUCGGUGGAGGCCAGCAGUGACCAGCUAGGUUGUGUUGAAGAUGGAGGAGACCCGCGGAACUGGGCCGUCUCAGAUAAAGACAGGGAGGCUCAGAUUUUUAAUAAAGGAGCCGGCCUGAGGCGAUUGUCUAACCGAUACUAUACGGAGAAGACGGUCACCUGCCACAACUGUAAAAAGACUGGCCAUCUCUCUAAAAACUGCCCUUCACCCAAGAAGCUGCUGUGUUGUUCGUUAUGUGGCGCUCUGGGUCACUUUGUGAAAGUCUGCCCCAACCGUCACUGCUCUAACUGCUCCCUGCCCGGCCAUACGUUCGACGACUGCUUGGAGAGAGCCUACUGGCACAAGUGCUGUCACCGCUGCGGCAUGAUCGGACACUUCUUUGACGCCUGUCCAGAUAUUUGGAGACAGUAUCACAUCACAACAGUGGCGGGUCUCCCAGUACAAGCUCCUUAUCCAAAAGCCAAGACCUCUGGAUUCUGCUACAACUGCUCUAAACAAGGACACUUCGGCCAUGAGUGCAUGGUGAAGAGGAUGUUUAUGGGGACGUAUCCCACGCUGCCUUUUGUCUCCUACUAUGACCAGCGUAAGGAUCUAAGACGCCAGGAGAGCAGAGUGCAGAAACAAGUACAAGCGUUGCAGAAUGCCGGUCUGUUAGAGCCGUCAGAGGAAGCUGUAUAUACUCCCCAGCCCCCCCAAAAGAAACGGAAACACAAUCUCAAAAACACACUUUUCUCAUUCACGCCCAGCGGACUCCCCCCGAAGAAACGCAUCGCACACACCCCUAAACAUCCCCCAGCAACACCCAAAGUCAGUGCACAGACCCCGGCGAAGAACACCACACCCAGUCACCAACUAGAGGGGAAGAAGAAGAAGAAGAAGAAGAAGAACAAGAAGAAUGACGUGAGUGUAAUCGACGGGGACCAGGAAUUUCCUCGAGGGUUCCAGAAAAGCCUCCACAGCAGAGCAGCCAAAGGCAGCCCUGCUAUGCUCUUCAGCUCAGGGAAAGGCUUGGAGAAAAGCAAUAAGAAGAAAAACAAAUUAAAGAAGUGGACGAGAAAAGCAGCUAAUGACAAGAACCACGAAGCCUCGGAUGAAAACCUCUUUCUGAUCAAACAAAGGAAGCACAGCAGAUAGCCGUGUGCGGGAAGGAAGGAGAGUGUGAGGGUGCGUGUGUGCAGACAUGGAUGUGUGUCAAUCUCUGAAUCCGUCUGAUGAGGACCGUUGUUAGAAUGAGCUCUAGAAUUUGGCUCCCUCUGCUGGCCAAAGCCGAAAGUGCAGGCACAUUUUGUACAGCUUAAAGAAAUACGUGCUAACAUUGGAUGGACACCAGUACUCAAUUAACUUGAUUUGCAUAACGGUAUAUAACGGUAAUUCAGUUUCAUUCCCUUUUAACAACAUUAGCCACUGUUUUUCUGGAAGAAACCGAGUCUAACAUUACUGACGUUGCGCUGGUGCUGGUGCUCAUCAAUUAGCAUGAUUUCCAUGACGUUUUUAAGAGCUUUGUGAUUGUUUGCCAGUAUUAAGAAAACCCUGACCGGAUAUAUUAAUAAGCCACCGAUGAAAAACUCGUUUGUCCUGGUAAAAUCAGAUGCACAGGAAAUAACAUCCGCCAAGCCUACUGUCCAAAACCACACACUACAGUAAACACACGGACACGACGUAUUCUUAAUAGCUUUUAAUUACUAAAUCUCCGCUACUUCAUAGCUUCCAGCGAAUGUGAAGCAGAUUUUAUGAGUUUGUUUUUGUCAUUAUUUCUCCACUUGCCAAACGAACCGUUGAAGAUCAGAUUUGAGCAGAGGAAUAUUUCAUUUUUAAUCUUAUGCCAUUUCAGUUUGGAAGGACUGUUGGAAAACUGCAUUGCGCUGCUGAAGAUGCUGCUUGUGCAAACAAUUAUAGAAUGUUUGUAUUUAUAUUGUGUACAUGUCUGUGGUUCGGCUGCAGAGGCAAAUAAAGGCCGGUUUUUUUUUUUUUCAUAUCCUGCUCAUCGCUGUUUGAGUAACAGCGCCACAUCUGUCCAUACGUUGUAUUAAAUGUUUGUUUGCUAAUGUGA